UGCUUCUCAUCUGUGAACAUGCAGAUGCGUAAGAUCUGCGUAAGGUCUUCUUCAACAUCCGUGGCGCGUAAGCUCACAUUGUGGUCGCGUAAGAAAGGCGUAAGCAGGAGCGUAAGAACGUUAUGUGACAUAGGGGUUUAAUCAUAUAGCAGAGCUCAAGUGAACUCACGUUGCCAUGUCGUUGGAGAUGGCCACCAUUUUGGCAGGGUGCACCCUUCUUAGUCUACUGCCGCCAGAUGAAGACCACAAAAAAACGAGGCAUAAAUUGCAUAAAGGUAAGAUGACAAACCUGAAACGUGACCGGCUUUGAGGGUUUUGGGCUCAAACCAAAACCUGUCUUGUUAAACUGAACCGUGACUCGAAACCUCUCCGAUGCACGGAAUGAUUUUUCGGCUGUGGCUGCUCAUUGUCGUGGCAUCCGCUGCUCGUCCAUGGACUUGGUGGCAGCUGGUUGAUCGCUCCGAGCAAUGUGAGGCAAAGGAUCAGGGGAACCGACUUGUUCAGACCUCUAUCACCCGGUGGAAAGCCUCCGAGAAGCUCUUGGACAAGCACAUCUACUUGGUGGGCACCAACCACAAAGCGGGGAGCAACUUGCUUCGCAACACGAUGCACUGGGCGUUUGAUCUUUUAGGGGCAACAGACUCAUGUCAGUAUGGACUCGCUGCCGAUCCGAUUACUUCAAAGCCUGGUUACAAGCAAGAAUGCGCCAGUCACCCGACCCAGAUCCGCUUCCACAACCACAUCUCUGCCCUUCCUCUCCUCAGUCUUCAAAAGGAAGCAGUCUUCAAAGGAGGUUUGCGUGGUGUGAUGAUUGUUCGUGAUCCUUUUGAAAUGGUGGCCUCAGCCUACUGCUAUCACCACCGUGGUGCUGAGCCUGGAAGUUCUGCAGCCCCCGCGAAUAUCACGGAGAUUGAACCUGAAGAGGGAGUGCCUAUCAUGGCUGCGAGCAUGUUGGAAGUGGUUCGCUGGAUGACCAGCGCCUAUGUCGUUGCAAAGCCAGAUGUGCUGGUGGUGCGGUUCGAGAAGUUUACGAAGAGCUCCAAAGACUUUGAUAAUACGGUCAGAGAAAUCUUGAACUUUGUGUUCAGGAAUGAGAUUACUGAGAAGCAAAAACAGCAGAUUUUAAAUGCAACUGCUGUGGAAGACGUGAACAGAGGUUUAGAGGGUUUCUCUGAAUUGCCAGGGGCCAACCUGGGAUACAACCACACAAAUGACGAGGAGGACAUGGCUGUGGCAAGAAAAGCCCUGCACUUGAUACCAGACGACAUGUUGGCGGAGUACCAGCAGCAUCGGAAAGUCCUUGGCUACGGCGCGUAGCAGUUCACCCACCGUAGAGGUGGAGAGGUCAAAGGGCUUGCCAUCCGUCGAUCUAUCCGGGUUUGCAGGGGCGCGUGGAACACAUCACGUCGGACGUGGUACAAAAGGCGCGCCUUCCCCUCAAAGAUGAGGACGUUUACACAGGAGAGAUUGAGAGCUCUUAGAUGUAGGACGUGAAAAGAUGUGACAGGUAAAUUGUCCAUAUUAUUCUCCCAAGUCUUACAAUUGCAGAUCAGCAUGGAGCCGGAAAACCACUGGUUUGUGGGGCCAUGUUCGCUUGAGGAACGUAGCGUUCUAAUACUGGCAUCGUUAUACCACAAGAGACUUGGGGACCCCUCUUCCGUCUUAACGGCGGGGGUCGUCGGAGUGGUUUCGGACCACUCUCCUGGCCACCAGGAGUGGGG